UUUUCUCUUAAAAUUUUUACUUUUUAUUUAAUCCGUACAGUUAAACUUCGAUAAGCUGCUACUUCGAUAAUCAGAUAUCCUUGAUAAGCGGAUAUUUUUUGGCACACACUCGAAUUUGUGUGAAGAAUUGCCCCGAUUAUCAGAUAUCCUCGAUUAACUGAUGCCCCGAUAAACGGUGGUGAAAUUCAUAUGAGAAACUGACCUCAAUAAGCUGAUAAACUGAAAAAUUUAAAAUCGGGGGUCUUCAGUUAUUCAGUUGCUCAAAAUUCAAAUUUAACGAUUGUUUUAUUUAAAUUCAUAUGAUUUGUAAAAAGUGAACACAUUCAGACCAAAAGUGAUUUUUUAUUUUUAAAAAUGUUAGCAUCAUAUAAAAAAGUAAAGCACCAGGCUAGAACUUAUAAGCAAAAAAUGCUUAUUAUUAAUAAAGUCAAGAAUGAUGGUGAAUCAAUUUCAAAUGUCAUGAAACAAUUCAACAUCAAGCAGUCAACAAUCUCCGCAAUUAUAAAAUCUUCGCAAACAAUUGAAUCAACAAUUAUUUAUUUUGCGAUAACAGUUAAUUUAACGGAUUUUUAA